AAGGAGUCGUGAGCAGGAAGGGUGAAACGAAACCAGAGACCAGAGACCGAGCUCGGGGGCCGGAGCUGGUAGUUCAAAGCACGACGCAGCCGCUCAAUAACGGAACCGCGGUAACGUUCAUUCUCAGGACAGAGCGCGUCUGGAGAAGAAGGGAAUAUAAAUAAGAAUUGAAGAGCAAGGGGAGACUCAGUCAAGCAACCUUUGCUGAUUUGAAUUCUUCUAGGAUUUGAAGACAUAUACACAGUCGCAAUGGAAUAAAAAAAAAUGCACUUAUGAAAGACGAAGGCUACACCGAAUUUCACCGCGGUUUCUCAAUUGCCUGAGGAAAUAUACAGAAUAGCCUCCAUCAUUGAAAAUGCGUCACAUGUCAGGAUGAUCUUCGUUGGACACAGACUGCUGGUGGAAAUUAUGUCAUAUAAAAUGAAGGCAAAUUCCGCGCGCAACUGACGUCUAGGGUGACAUUAUAUCAGAGCAGGUGCAGUGUGUGUCCCUUCGACAUUUACCGUUAUACGCGUGUUCUGAAGAUUUAACUGUGAACGUGGUGUGGGCCUGCCAGGCUGAUCACAGAGAAGAGAAGCGGGAACAUCUUGAUUGAUAUCAACCUGAGAAAUAAAACAUACUGGGAAAAUGUCAUCUGCAAUUGAAAGGAAGACGAUGGAGGCUAACGAGGAGCCGGUGGACGAGGUGUUACAGAUGGCCCCGUCCCUCCUGAACUGUGGGGGUUGCCAGCAGAGCAUCGGGGACAGGUUCUUCCUGAAAGCCAUAGAGAAGUACUGGCAUGAGGACUGUCUGAGCUGUGACCUGUGUGGCUGCAGACUGGGAGAGGUGGGACGAAGACUCUACUACAAACUGGGACGUAAGCUCUGUCGCAGAGACUACCUCAGGCUGUUUGGACAGGACGGGCUGUGCGCUAGCUGUGAGAGGAGAAUCAGAGCGUUUGAGAUGACCAUGCGUGUGAGGGACAAGGUCUACCACCUGGAGUGUUUUAAAUGCGCGGCCUGCCAGAAACACUUCUGUGUCGGGGACCGUUACUUGCUCAUCAACUCAGACAUUGUGUGUGAGCAGGACAUCUUUGAGUGGACCAAACUCAACAACAACAUGGUUUAGCAGAUUCAUGAACAUUCUAGACCAUUCUACAACACUUUAGAACACCUCAAAAACAUGGUGUAGAACACUGUAGAACAUUCUACAACACUCCAGAGCACCUCAAAAACAUGGUGUAGAAAACUCUAGAAUAUUGUAGAACACAACGAUGAGAUGGUUUUGAUUGUGAUUCUCUCUAUUUGGGGAUCAACAGCAUGAUAAAAUAUCUCCAGAUGUACAGCAAGAUAAUAGAUCUCCAUUUUGGGAUCAACAGCAUGAUAAAAUAUCUCCAGAUGUACAGCAAGAUAAUAGAUCUCAAACUUUCGGACAAAGGUCGCCACAUACAGGCUCUCUUGUACCUCUCAAAUCUGUUAGAUGUUUGAAGAGAGUUGUUUCACCAUUGAUCUGUACUGGAGGCUAAAUGAAGGCUCGAUCCACCAGCGAAUGGAGAACUGGUUCAUUAUCUUGGGUUCCACCCUUUCAAUGCAAAAAAAAAGGAAAAUGUAAUAAUGCAAUAAUCUAUGUGCUCAUUGCAGAAAUGUCAAUAUUUCUUGCAUCAUACAGUGUAAUAGAGAUUUGCUCAUUGAGCUAAAUGAUGAGCGAUGUCACUGGAAUUUGUUGUAGUCCAACACUGUUAUUUCACCUCUAGAGAAAUAUGUAUUAUGACAUUUGUUAUGAAUAUAUAUAAAGUGUUAUGUCCAAAAAGGUCUGGUCCAUUCCGAAGUAAAACAUUCAUGAAGUAAAGGUCUGGUCCAUUCCGGAGUAAAACAUUCAUAAAGUAAAGGUCUGGUCCAUUCCGAAGUAAAACAUUCAUAAUGUAAAGGUCUGGUCCAUUCCGGAGUAAAACAUUCAUAAUGUAAAGGUCUGGUCCAUUCCGGAGUAAAACAUUCAUAAAGUAAAGGUCUGGUCCAUUCCGGAGUAAAACAUUCAUAAAGUAAAGGUCUGGUCCAUUCCGGAGUAAAACAUUCAUAAAAAGGUCUGGUCCAUUCCGGAGUAAAACAUUCAUGAAGUAAAGGUCUGGUCCAUUCCGGAGUAAAACAUCCAUAAAGUAAAGGUCUGGUCCAUUCCGGAGUAAAACAUUCAUAAAGUAAAGGUCUGGUCCAUUCCGGAGUAAAACAUUCAUAAAGUAAAGGUCUGGUCCAUUCCGCAGUAAAACAUUCAUAAAGUAAAGGUCUGGUCCAUUCCGCAGUAAAACAUUCAUAAAGUAAAGGUCUGGUCCAUUCCGGAGUAAAACAUUCAUGAAGUAAAGGUCUGUUUUGGGAGUCCGCAUGCGCCCCCUAGUGGCCAAGUUCAAAAGACAAGUUUCCAAUGUUUAUUUGUUUUGUUCUUGUAACUUUUCUUUUGUUUCAAUAUGGCUCAAAAACUUUGGGAUAUUUGUUAUAUAUAUAUAUAUAUAUCUGUUUAAUUAAACCCUUAUUAAAAUAUGUUACAUUUAGUAGA